GACAAAGUAGUGGCUCAUUGUGGAUCAGUUUGUGGUUUGACCGCUAAGGGAAAUGUGAUGAUGACUCAGGAGUCGAUUUGCUUAACUCGUCUCCCCUAUUCUUUUAGUGUUUACAGUGUGAACAUCUCUCGAUCUAAGGGGACUUACAGCUAUGUCUUCUUGGUGGGUACUCGUUUCUGGGAAGAAUUGUACUUGUCCGACCCUCAGCAAUCAGUUUUGCCCAUUCGCAGCAAUGGAAGUCAUAUUCCUGUAGUUCUUGAUUGGACGUACAAGUAUUGACCUAGUCCUUCAUCCAAUUACUACAGUCCGUACUGUUAUACUGAUGGUAGUUACAAAUGUAGCUGCCCUUUAGGUCAAGGUGGGAAUCCUUAUCUUCCUAAUGGAUGCCAAGAGAUGCCACAAUGUAGAAGCUGCAAAGGUGAUUGUCUCGUCAAUAGCGAUGAUUAUACCAAAACCUCAUGCUUUGCUUCUAAAAGGUGGACACACCUUCUUGGAGUUGUUUUAGGACUCGCUGUUGGAUUAGGAUCACUAUUGGUGUCUCUUGGUUGCUAUUUGUUGUGGCGGUAUUUGCAAAGAAGGAAAGAGAUUAAACAAAGAGCUAGGAACUUCAAACAAAAUGGUGGUUUGCUGUUAGAAAAACAAAUGCGUUAUAAUGAUGGUGUUAUGGAGAAAACAGAAGUUUUUACUGUCAGAGAAUUGGUGGUAGCCACAGAUCAUUUUAAUGUGAACAAAUACAGAAUAAUCGGCCAAGGAGGCCAAGGUACAGUCUAUAAAGGUAUGUUGACUGAUGGAAGGAUUGUAGCAGUCAAGAAAUCCAAGAAGGUCGAUCAAAGCCAAUUGGAACCUUUCAUUAACGAGGUGGUUAUCCUCUCCCAAAUUAACCACAGGAAUGUGGUUAAAUUACUAGGAUGUUGUUUGGAGACUGAAGUACCUUUACUUGUUUACGAGUUCAUCCCAAAUGGAACACUCUCUCAGCAUAUCCAUAACCCAAGUGAAGAGCUUCACAUUUCUUGGAGAAUGCGCGUGCAAAUUGCAGCAGAAUCAGCAGGAGCAAUUGCGUACCUUCACUCAUCGUCGUCUACUCCAAUUUAUCACAGAGAUAUUAAGUCCUCUAAUAUACUUUUGGAUGACAAAUAUAGAGCAAAGGUUUCUGAUUUUGGAACUUCAAGGACAAUAAUGAUUGAUCAGACUCACUUGACCACUCAAGUUCAAGGGACAUUUGGAUAUUUGGAUCCCGAGUACUUCCAAUCAAACCAAUUCACCGAAAAAAGUGAUGUUUACAGCUUUGGAGUUGUCCUUGUUGAGCUCUUGACCGGCAAGAAGCCAAUAUCUCCGGACAAAUCUAAAGAAUGGAGAAGUUUAGCCACAGAGUUUCUUCUUGUGAUGGAGAAUGCCUGGUUGUUGGAUAUUCUUGAUCCUGAUGUAUCAAAGGACGCGAAAAAAGAGGAGCUCAUAGCUGUGGCCAAUCUCGCUAAAGAAUGUUUGAACUUAAAUGGGAAGUUAAGGCCUACUAUGAAAGAAGUUGCUUUGGUACUUGACGGGCUUCAAUCUCGUACUGGAAGUUCCUUAGUAAAUCAAACGUUCCCUAAAGAGAAUCAAGUGAUUGCUGAUAUGAGUAAGGUAGAUACAGCUCCCUUCAGCAUGAGCACCUUCUCUUCACAUGAAGAUGAUGCAUUAAUUCUUCAUAUGUAAGUUGUGUACUUCAACCUUUUGAUUUAUAUGAUGUUCUAAUCUUAUUAUUGUAUAACGUUUUAUCAAUUUUAUACGUGAACUCAAUUUGUAGUAGUUUGUAAUACUCUUCUUUGGUGUGAAAUUAAAGCUGGCUUGUUAUACAAUUAACAAAGUGAAUACUA